AAAUGAAAGCAGCGUCCUAUAUUUUUCAGAUAAAAAAUUUGACCUCAACCGCGAUGCCCGUGAAAGCAGUUUGUGUUUUGGGAAACAGUUCUACAGGAGUACAAGGGACCAUCACAUUCGAACAGGAGUCGCAAACGUCGGCAGUUGUGCUCAAAGGAGAGAUCUCUGGGUUGACACCGGGUAACCAUGGGUUCCACGUGCACGAGUUCGGAGACAAUACUAACGGAUGCACGUCGGCAGGUGGACAUUUCAACCCUUACAAGAAGCAGCACGGAGCUCCAGUUGACGAGAGCAGACAUGUGGGGGACCUUGGAAAUGUAAUGGCAGGAGAAGACGGAAUUGCCAAGAUAGAAAUUGAAGAUACCUUGGUGCAACUGAUCGGCGAACACAGUGUAAUCGGUAGGAGUCUGGUUGUUCACGCUGACGAGGAUGACUUGGGAAAAGGCGGAUACGAAGACUCCCUGACCACGGGGCAUGCCGGCGGCCGCAUGGCAUGUGGUGUGAUUGGCAUCGCCAAGUAGAGCAACUGGGGGAGAAGAGAGGUGGGAACUGAAGAUAACCGAUCUUACUUCUUAGAAUUGUAAUCUACUAGGAUGUAUCACUCCAUAUCCAGAACCUCAAAAGCAGAUGAUGAUCAUCGGCAAACUACGUAGAAAUAAAAAACCAACUUAACCGAAUUGAACUGAACUCAGAUUUGAUGACAAACUACACUGCAUUCAACCGUUGAAGCAUCUGACAGAUGUUUGUUGAAUGUAUGGUCAAAUAUGUUAAAUAAAUGCUGCUUUGGUUUAAAACAUUAUUUCCAGUAGAAAUUAAUCUAAUGUGUACAAAAUAUAUUUACAUCUGAACCA